AUGAUUGAAAGCCAGCAAUUUCAUCCUCAUAUUUCUUCUUCUCGCACUCUCUUCCCCAAGCUUCCAUACUUGCAAUUCUUGUGUAUAGUUCUUACCUACAUGGUGGAAUUGGAAAGCCCAACUUCAGGCGAGGCGAUGAGAUCACUUGUUGUAUGCUUCGGCGAAAUGUUGAUCGAUUUUGUACCUUCUGUUUCUGGAGUCUCACUUGCAGAAGCACCUGCGUUUGAGAAAGCUCCCGGUGGUGCUCCGGCUAAUGUUGCCGUCGGUAUAUCAAGACUGGGCGGUUCAUCGGCGUUUAUUGGCAAGGUUGGCGAUGAUGAAUUCGGGUACAUGUUGGCUGACAUUUUGAAGAAAAACAACGUAAACAACUCCGGCAUGCGAUUUGAUCACAAGGCCAGAACAGCUUUAGCUUUUGUCAGUCUCAAAUCCGAUGGUGAGCGGGAGUUUUUAUUUUUUCGUAAUCCUAGUGCAGAUAUGCUACUUCAUGAAUCUGAACUUGAUGUGGAUCUUAUUAAACAGGCAAGAAUAUUUCACUUUGGAUCGAUUAGUUUGAUAGAGGAGCCAUGUAAAUCAACACAUAUAGCUGCAAUGGCCAUAGCCAAGAAAUCCGGAAGCAUCCUUUCUUAUGAUGUGAAUUUGAGAUUACCAUUAUGGCCAUCACCGGAUGCGGCUCGAGAGGGUAUAAUGAGCAUAUGGGACCAAGCUGAUGUCAUUAAGGUAAGUGAGGAUGAAAUUACGUUCUUGACCGGGGGUGAUGAUCCUUAUGACGAUAAUGUCGUGUUGAAGAAGCUUUUUCAUCCAAAACUUAAACUUUUUCUUGUUAGUGAAGGAGCACAAGGUUGUAGAUAUUACACUAAGCAAUUUAAGGGUAGAGUACCUGGAGUGAAGGUGAAGUCUAUUGAUACAACGGGUGCCGGAGAUGCUUUUGUUGGUGGGAUUUUGAGCAUAUUGGCUUCAAAUAAAGAUCUUUACAAUGAUGAGGCACAACUAAGAGAAGCUCUUCACUUUGCAAAUGCAUGUGGAGCCCUAGUUGUGACUAAGAAAGGUGCGAUACCAGCGAUGCCAACAAAAGAGGAAGUCUACCGAUUUCUGAAACAAGAAGGCUGAAUAUGGCUAUAAUUAAUGUACAUGUAUUGUCGCUAUGGAUGUUUAGGUAAAUCCCACGGUUGUGAUGUAAUUGUCCAACUUUAGGAUUUAACAAAUAGCUGAAAUGUAACAAUAAUGCUUGUAAUGGUCCUCCUUGUAGUCCACACCAUGGAUUAUUCGUUAAAAUACUUGGAAUAAAUAUUUCAUUAUAAUAAUUGUUGAUACCUUGCACUAUACA